AAACCAAUUGACUACCACAAAUACAGGUAUUUUCGCCGUGUUCCUGUACAAGAAACAGAUCACAGUUUUCAUGUAGGACUGCAGCUGUGCUCCAGUGGGCGCCAGAGAUUCAACAAACUUGUUUGGAUACAUCAUUCUUGUCACAUAACUUACAAAUCGACCGGUGAAACAGCAGUCACCACGUUUGACAUCGACAAGAUGUACACGCCCUUGUUCUUUGCACGAGUGAAGAGUUUUACUGCGUUUUCAGAAAAGCCGCUCUGAGAAACACCUUUUCCUCUCACAGUUCUUGCAUGAAUAAAAGGUUGUAGCAAACGAGCACUUAAGUUAUAGAUGUGUAUAUAUUUGGAACAUUUUAAAAUUGGGGGGCCUUGCAGGGAAGGCCAUAUGUUCUGGUGGAUUAGGAAUGGCUGGAGAUGAAGCUUAUGAGUAUUAAAAAUCUUUUAUUUGUGACUGGACUUUGAUAACAAAGAUUUUAUUUUAUUUUAUUUUUAAACAGAUUUUAUAAAUCAGUCUGCCUAAAAUGUGAGUCUUCGUUUGCCUGGGCACCUUAAUGGUUUGUCCAGGGGAGAUGCUAUAGGAAAAUCUCGUUGUCCAUGGGACAGUGUGCACAUGCACUCUGGUGAAGGCUCAGAAUGUGAAGGGGAGAAAGUUGUCUUAUAUUUGUUAAACCGUGUUACAUACGAGAACUUCAAAUGAAUGUUUUCUUUAAUUUA